AUGUGCGGAGUCGGGUAUAUGGACGAGUCAGAAGAACCCGAGUUCAACAUUUCGCACCUCUACCGUGAUACUGCGGUUAUACUACGGUUACUUCCAUCUGGGGAAACGACUAACGUCAGCGAGCUCGUUCGGCAUCUAUUUAACGGGGACAAGAUGGGUGUUUUUAGAGCCUGGCUCGAUCGUGUCAUCCUCGAAGUCUUAUAA